CCAGCCCCCAUGAAUGGGCUGAGCCCCUAUGGCAGCAUGAACCCCUGCAUGAGCCCCAUGGCCUACACCCAGUCCAACCUCAGCAGGACGCGGGACGCCAAGACUUUCAAGCGGAGCUACCCCCAUGCCAAGCCACCCUACUCCUACAUCUCCCUCAUCACUAUGGCCAUCCAGCAGGCACCCAGCAAGAUGCUGACGCUGAGCGAGAUCUACCAGUGGAUCAUGGACCUUUUUCCCUACUACCGGCAGAACCAGCAGCGCUGGCAGAACAGCAUCCGCCACUCACUCUCCUUCAACGACUGCUUUGUCAAGGUGGCCCGCUCCCCCGACAAGCCCGGCAAGGGCUCCUACUGGACCCUGCAUCCUGACUCCGGCAACAUGUUUGAAAACGGCUGCUACCUCCGCCGGCAAAAGCGCUUCAAGUGUGAGAAGCCGGCCAACAGCAAAGCCCCUCAGGAGGGCAGGAAAGAUCAGGCCGGGGCCUCCAGUUCCAGCUCCAACUCCCCCCUGCACAGAGGCCACAAUAAACCUGCGCAGCUGGACACCGCCACCUCCCUCUCCAGCUCCAAUCCGUCCACCAGCCCCCAGUCCAUGGACCACAGUGGAUCGACCACAGAGCUAAAGACCUCGGCUUCGGCCUCCUCCUCCACCAUCAGCUCCGUCCCUGCUUUGGCCUCUGUCCCGCACCCCCCUCACUCCUUAGCCCACGAACCCCAGCUCCACCUCAAGGGCGAUCCCCACUACUCCUUCAACCACCCCUUUUCCAUCAACAACCUCAUGUCCUCCUCAGAGCAGCAGCACAAGCUGGACUUCAAAGCCUACGAGCAGGCGCUGCAGUAUUCCUCCUACGGGGCCAGCAUCCCCGGCGGGCUGCCCCUGGGCAGCGCCUCCAUGGCGGGCCGGAGCAGCAUCGAGCCCUCGGCCCUAGAGCCCUCCUACUACCAAGGUGUGUAUUCCAGACCCGUGCUAAACACCUCCUAG